CCGAAGCUGGCAAGUGGACACCUCUGAGGCUCCGAAAGGCAUCCUGGAACACUGAUGGCAAACUUCAAGGGCCAUGCGCUCCCAGGGAGCUUCUUUCUAAUAUUUGGGCUGUGGUGGUCAGUGAAGUACCCACUGAAGUACUUUCACCAAAGGGGCUUGAAGAAGAACAGACUGAGCCAUCAGCAACAGCGUAUUGAGAUCAUUGAAGGUGCAGUGAAGACUUUGUUUGCAAUCAUUGGGAUCCUGGCAGAGCAGUUUGUUCCAGAUGGACCUCACCUGCACCUCUACCAUGAAAAUCAGUGGACGAAGCUAAUGAACUGGCAGCACAGCACAAUGUACCUGUUCUUUGGUGUCUCGGGAAUCAUCGACAUGCUCACCUACCUUUACUUCAAUAUUGUGCCCCUGGGGUUAGACAGAGUGGUUUUGGCUAUGGCCGUAUUCAUUGAAGGUUUUCUCUUCUAUUUCCACGUUCACAACCGACCUCCACUGGACCAGCACAUCCACUCACUGCUGCUGUUCGGUUUGUUUGGAGCAACUAUCAGUAUCUCUCUGGAGGUUAUCUUUCGGGAUAAUAUUGUGCUGGAGCUUUUCCGAACCACUCUCCUUAUUUUGCAGGGAACCUGGUUCUGGCAGAUUGGAUUUGUCCUGUUCCCGCCAUUUGGAACGCCAGAAUGGGACCAGCAGGACAUGAACAACGUCAUGUUCAUCACCAUGUGCUUCUGCUGGCACUAUUUCAUUGCUAUCUGCAUCACGGCCAUCAACUACUCCCUUGUUUACUGCUUUCUGACUCGGGUGAAGAGACAUGCAGGAGGAGAAAUCAUUGGGAUUCAGAAGCUGAAGUCUGAUCAUACUUACCAGUCAACCCUUCUGAGCGGCUCGGAUGAGGAGUAA